GAAUUUAAACCGAUAACAAAUAAUAUUUCCAUCGUGUUUGAUGUAUUAAGUAUAUGUUGUGAAAGGUCGCGUGCAUGAUAAAAACGAUUUCUAAGCGGUAAUAUAGUUAUUGUUAAUUUUUUGUUGAAGCGUGUGAGACAGUUUUGUGAGCGAGUUUGAAAAAAGCUUUAUAUGAAGACAUGGUGAUGCAAGUUGAUUCAAAUAGUACCUUAGUGUUUUACGUGAAUGGAAAAAAGAUUGUAGAAGAAAAUGUGGAUCCUGAAUGGACAUUAUUGUAUUACUUAAGAAACCAAUUAAGAUUGUGUGGAACCAAACUAGGAUGUGGAGAAGGAGGAUGUGGGGCUUGUACGGUGAUGGUAUCCAAAUUUGAUAGAGAAAAGAACAAAGUAGUUCACCUACCAGUAAAUGCCUGUUUAGCCCCAAUAUGUUCAAUGCACGGUCUAGCAGUAACUACAGUCGAAGGAAUCGGCUCUACCAAAACCAAGCUACAUCCAGUCCAGGAAAGAAUAGCUAAAUCUCAUGGUUCACAAUGUGGUUUUUGUACACCCGGUAUAGUUAUGUCAAUGUACACGUUACUUAGGAACUCUCCGAAACCAUCUAUGAAAGAUCUGGAAGUAGCGUUUCAAGGAAAUCUUUGCAGAUGUACUGGAUACAGGCCCAUCAUAGAAGGUUAUAAAACAUUUACUGAAGAAUGGGAAUUGAUACAGACUGGCAAUAAACUUAAUGGAGUCAAUGGUACUAAUGGAUGCGGAAUGGGAGAUAAGUGUUGUAAACUACAAAAAGGUAUUAACGGGAAACAUGAAGACGACGAAGUUCUUUUCAAUCCCAGUGAAUUUACCCCCUACCAUCCUUCACAAGAGCCUAUUUUUCCGCCAGAACUAAAACUGAACGACACUUACGAUAAACAAAAUUUAGUUUUUAAAGGCGCAAACACUACUUGGUACAGGCCUACAAAAUUAAGUGAACUUCUCGACUUAAAGCAAAAAUUUCCGAAUGCCAAGCUAGUAGUGGGCAAUACAGAAGUUGGUGUUGAAGUAAAAUUCAAACAUAUGGUUUACCCAGAUAUAAUCCAACCAGUACAAAUACCAGAACUGACAUCGAUAGAACAAACUCCUAAAGGUGUAAAAAUCGGAGCGUCUGCGACUUUAGUUGAUAUCGAAAAUUAUCUUCAGAAGCAGAUAAACGAGCAACAAGAACACAAAACAAAGAUAUUUAAAGCUGUAAUCCAAAUGAUGAAUUGGUUUGCUGGCAAACAAAUUCGUAGUGUGGGUGCUUUGGGCAGCAACAUAAUGACAGGAAGUCCAAUAUCGGAUAUGAUUCCUAUUUUGAUGGCAGCCAAAGCAAAGUUGGAACUGUUUAGCAAUGAUGGAUCAAGAACAGUUACUUUAGAUAAUAACUUCUUUGUAGGUUAUAGAAAAAGUAUCGUAAAACCGGAAGAAAUAUUAUUAAGUAUAUUAAUACCAUACACACAAGAAAAUCAGUAUUUUGAAGCUUACAAGCAAGCUAGACGACGAGAGGAUGAUAUAGCGAUAGUUAAUGAAGCAGUGAAUGUUACUUUUAAACCACAGACUGAUAUUAUUAAAGAUAUAAGUUUUGGCAUAGGUGGUAUGUCAUUCAAGACAGUAUCGGCACCUAAGACUGAAGCAAAACUCAUAGGAUUAUCUUGGAAUAAGACGAUGUUGGAUACAGCGUUCAACAGCUUAUUAGAAGAUCUUCCGUUAGAUGCAGGUGCACCUGGUGGAAUGAUCUCCUACAGAAAAGCGCUGCCGUUGAGUUUGUUCUUUAAAGCGUACUUGAGCAUUUCCCAAGAUCUUCAGAAGGUUCUUCCGCAUAUUAAAAUUGAUAAAAGGGAGAUUAGUGGAGCAUCAGGUUUCUCCACACAUGAGUACAAAAGUUCGCAAUAUUUUAGAGUAGUACCCGAAACACAAGAAAAAACUAAUGCGGUUGGAAGGCCAUUGGUGCACAGAUCUGGUAUUAAACAAGCUACUGGUGAAGCUGUGUACAACGAUGACAUGCCACGUUUAGAAGGAGAACUAUUUGCUGCUUGCGUUCUUAGCAGCAAACCUCAUGCUAAAAUUUUAAAUAUAGAUGAAUCUGAGGCACUAGCCAUGGAAGGCGUUCAUGGAAUUGUCUCUGCAAAAGACUUGAAGAAACCUGUUCUAUGGGGAUCCGUUUUCCACGACGAGGAAGUAUUUUAUUCCAAUACAGUUACUGCUGUAGGUCAGAUAGUAGGCUUAGUUGUGGCUGAUACUCAAGCACUCGCACAAAAAGCUGCCAAAAAAGUUAAAAUUACUUAUGAGGAACUACAACCUGUGAUAAUAAGUAUUGAAGAUGCAAUUAGGCAUCAAUCAUUCUUUGAAACGGUCACCUUACUGGAGAAGGGAGACAUUGAUAAUGUUUUUAGGCGAGCGCCACAUACUCUUGAAGGAGAAUGUAGGAUGGGAGGCCAGGAACACUUUUACUUUGAGACGCAAAGUUGCAUUGCUAUUCCUAAACCUGAAGACGACGAAUUGGAGAUUUUUUCAUCAACUCAGAAUCCUACGGAAGUAGCAAGACUAGUCAGUGAAGUUUUGGACAUUCCCCAGCACAAAAUAGUAAGCAGAGUAAAGCGGUUAGGAGGUGGAUUUGGAGGAAAAGAAUCUAAAGCCGCUAUGUUGGCGCUACCGAUAGCAGUUGCAGCUAAAAAGUUUAACAGACCGAUAAGGUGCAUGUUGGAUAGAGAUGAAGACAUUGUGAUGACUGGUGCAAGACACCCGUUCUAUUAUAAAUAUAAAGUAGCCUUUGACGAAAGUGGUAAAAUGUUAGGUCUCAAUGCAGAACUUUAUGCAAAUUCUGGGUAUUCAAAUGAUCUUUCAUUCUCGGUAAUGGCUAGGGCCGUGACUCAUGCUGAAAACGCUUACCACAUACCAACUUGUAAAGUCAAGGGCACUCUAUGUAAAACAAACCUUCCUUCCAAUACAGCCUUUCGAGGAUUUGGAGCCCCCCAAGGAAUGUACAUGGCUGAGGUUAUUGUUCAGCAGAUUGCUGAUUACUUGCAGAAGGAUCCUAUAGAAAUCAGCCAAAUUAAUUUAUACAACGAAGGUGAUGCAACUAACUUCAACCAAGUCUUGGAAAAUUGUACUCUGGAUAAGUGUUGGAGGGAGUGCAAGGAGUCUUCGAAUUAUUUAAGUAGAAGAGAAGCAGUGAAAGAAUUCAACAGGUUGAACAAAUACAAGAAACGUGGUCUAAACAUCGUCCCAACCAAAUAUGGCAUCGCUUUUGGUGUCACUUUUCUCAACCAAGCUGGCGCUCUCGUACUGAUUUACUCCGAUGGAUCUGUCUUAAUAUCACAUGGUGGUAUCGAGAUGGGCCAAGGACUCUACACGAAAAUGAUCCAAGUUGCCAGUAAAGCUCUAGGAAUCCCGGUUGAAAAGAUUCAUACAAUGGAAUCAAGUACUGACAAGGUUCCUAAUACCUCACCCACUGCUGCAAGUACUGGAUCUGAUUUAAAUGGAAUGGCAGUACUGAAUGCAUGCGAAAUCUUAAACGAACGCUUAAAGCCAUACAAAGAAGCCAAUCCCAACGGAACUUGGGAACAGUGGGUGAAUACAGCCUAUUUUGACAGAGUUAGCUUAGCAGUUUCGGGAUUUUAUAAAACACCAGAUCUUGGAUACGACUGGAAAACUGGCCAAGGCAGAAUGUACAACUACUUCACAUAUGGAGUUGCUUGUAGCGAAGUUGAAAUUGAUACACUCACUGGAGACCAUCAAGUGAUACGAACUGAUAUCGUCAUGGAUUUGGGAGAAAGUCUAAAUCCUGCUAUAGAUGUAGGACAAGUAGAAGGAGCAUUUAUGCAAGGCUACGGUUUAUUUGUUCUGGAAGAGAUGAUGUACUCUCCAAGAGGAGAAACGUUAACUCGAGGUCCCGGAACUUACAAGAUACCUGGAUUCGCGGAUAUUCCUGGAGAAUUUAACGUUUCCUUAUUGAAGGGGGUAUCAAACCCACGUGCAGUAUAUUCAUCGAAGGCUGUUGGUGAGCCGCCAUUAUUUUUAGCAAGCUCUGUAAUGUUUGCCAUUAAGGAUGCUAUUAAAGCAGCUAGGGAAGAAAAUAAUGUUGAACCAGGACACUUCCGGAUUGACGCACCUUACACGGCAGCUAAGAUACGAAUGGCGUGUAUGGAUAAUAUUACAGCUAAGAUUCAAGAACCAGAACCCGGAUCGUUCAAACCCUGGAAUAUUGUGGUGUAGUCCUCACAAUAUGUUACUCUCGUUACUUAUUAUACAAGUUUGUAAAUAAAAUAAUAUUAAAUUGUACAUAGAAUAUAAUACUUUAUAUAUUUAAUAUAAAUAUAAUAAUAAUAUAAUA